AUGGCAUUCGUUGAGGAGACCCGCAAUCGAGGCCACACAUUUGCCAAGGCGCAUCACCAUUGCUGCAAUUUCACUGGUGGUUUCUUUCUCAUCCUGGGCCUCUGCUUUAUCAUUGCGGGCGGUGUUCUGGUGAGCCAGAACCAAGCUGCCUUUUACCAGGGUUUUAAUGAUAGCCAAUCGAAACCAAACUACGGCUGGGACAAUGACUGGGACAAUGAUGAUUUCUGGGACGACGACAACUGGCGAAACCACAACCAAAAAGUCGUGUAA